AUGAUGACCGAUCUCAGUCAUAGCCGUGGCCAUGAAACUUCCAGUGUGAAGAGAUCGUGCUUCAGAAAAUCACAGUUUCUAAUCCAGAGAAAUAAUAUCCCUGUCACCAAAUCCCUGAAUAUAAGUUCAGAGAAUGACGAUAAGGAUGAAGGAGAUAAUGGUAUCGAAGGAUUUUCUGACUAUAAAGCAGAUAGCCGCAGGCCUCUGAUAAAAUCACUAAGUGUCAUAUCUGCUCCUCUGGAUGAUUACCAGGUGUCGAGAGCCGUCGCACAGUAUAGCGACAGUGAGAUUGAUGAUGAUGAAUGCUUUAGUAAGGGAGAUCAAUGUACCAGCAAGAGACGCAAGUCGUCGAUUGGUGUUACAAGGAUGCAUUGUCACAGAGAUAUUUCUACUUCACGUGUAACACGUGUUUCUACAUCUUUCUCCACUGCUGAUCCAACUCUUCGUUGUUCAUCUGUCUCCUCAUCAAUUGCCACACCACCCUUUGCUAAAUACUCUCUUCUCUCUUCUGAUCUCAUUAGCUCAUUACCCAAAAGCUCCAAGGAAAUGGACAGAUAUAGCCUAUCGCCCUCUCCUUGUUGUAGAUCUCGGAAUUCGCUUCCAGAUCUUGACUUUACAGCUAGAUCUCGCUGCUUUGACUAUCUAGUGGGUGCCAUCGACGAAGCAUGGGCUCGUUAUUGUAAUGCCACCUCGCACGAUGAAGAGGUUGCUUAUGGCUAUGAGCAGGAUGACGGUGACAGUCAACAUGCUAAUGCGAAUCGUGUUAGGAGUAUUCUGAGUUGUCAAUCCUGUAAAUGUGGAGGUGAAUCCAAUUCUUUAGCUUCUUCCGAUGAGGAUGAUUAUGGUACAGAAUUUUCUGCUUCUACGAGCAUCACUGAUUAUGAUAGUGAUGUUUGCAAUGACACCAGGAAAGUCCCACCGAAACAGCAGCACUACCGUGUGUCGGAGGUUCCAGAGAACAUGAGGCUUCAGAAGCUUAAAGACAGACUUAUAAAGGCCAAAUAUUAUCUUCAGGAUUAUGUAGAUUCUGAAGAAGUUGACGACAGCCUUUUAUUUUGGAAGAAAUGGGACUUGAUUAAGUACUCUGCCAUCGAAUUGGUGGAGGAUGACGAUGAAGAUGAUAUAGUUGAAACGACUAUUGAAGAAUUGGAAUAUGGAAGGUUUGCUGCUUCGAUUUGUGCAUAG